AUGAUAGAAAAAAAUGAAGAGAACGCCGAUAAUGACAACAAUCUUGUCAGGAUAAGACUAAUAGCUGAUAAAAGAACGUUUUUAGAAAAACAGUUUCUUCAGGUUCAAGAAGAAAUUAAAAUAUGUUUUGCUCAACUAGCACAAACAUUAUAUGCUAGAGAGAAACAACUUUUACGACAAUCAGAAGCAAUUUAUACGCAGCAAAUAUCAUUGGCAUUAUCCAGUCAAGAAAUUCUUCUUCCAUCUAUAGCAAUAUUAAAUGAAAGAAGUGCUUUGGAAGAACAAAUUAAACAAUUUGGAAGAAUAGAACUUACAGGAUCCAAUACAACAGCAAUAACUAAUUUGGAACCUUAUAAAAUUGAAGAAUAUCAGGACAUAAAUAAAGAUCAUGUUUGUUUUGAUAAGUCCAUUAAAAGCACAGGAAUUAUUUCCACUGAUACAAACAUUGAAUUUUCUUGUACAGCAGAAGAUAAAAAUGUAGAAAAUGUUUGCACUGGAUUUAAAACAUCCAGUGUAAUAAAUUUAACAGCAAAAUCCAGUCACAUUUCUAGUUUUUUUAACAAAAACUCUGAGGAAAGUGUUGAUCAUUCUUCAAAGACAAAUACAGAAUUACAGAAACAUGAUGUUAGUCUUGAAACUACCAGUGUAAAUCAGCAAGAAAAUAUAAACAAUUAUAAAAAUUCAAAAAGAAAUAUCAUGGAAGAGCAAUAUAAUUCUCAUGGACAUACAGAACAAGUUCAACAAUGGUUGGAUCAAAUAAUUCUAGAGACAGAAAUAGAACCAACCAUUCAUGAAGUGGAAAAAUUACCAGAUAUAUCAGAUGCUUAUGUCUGCACUAAGUUGCAAUUAGAAACAUAAAAGCUAUAUUUAAUUAAAUAAUUUACUUA